AAAAUUGUUAUUCCUGUGACUUUGAAAACCCCCACUGGACAUAUUUUGAAAGGCAGUUAAAAUCCUUUGAAUCGAGACAGUGUGAAAAUUCUACUAGUCUUAAUGAAGCAAUCAAGGAAAAAAUGGAUAAAUCUUAUCUCAGCAGUUUUCUGUACCAUCUCAACCAAAAACAGAAGCAGGAAACUUUCAUUCAACAAGAUAAACUGGAAAGGAUACAAUUUGAUAUUGUGAAAGGUCUUGUGGAUAUUGAAAAAUUUGAGAGGUUCAACAAUAUUUGUGAUGAUUUGAUUGGGCUAAUUGAACUUUACCUUAGGCAUCAUAGUACAGGAAAAAUGACUGUAAAGGAAGUUUUGAAGAGAAUGAAGGUCUUAAGACUGACUGGUUCUAAGAUAGGCAAGAUGGAUGACUCUCUACGCAGACUGGUAGACCUGGAGGUUCUAGUGUUGGCUGGCAACUGUCUGUUAUCUUGCAAAGGAGUCAGCCAAGGGAGGACUGAUUGUCAAUGA